AUGGUGACUGUUGGCUCCAGUACCGCUGGAGUUGGGGGCCGAAUUACGCUAACCGCAGGGACUGGUGCAGCCUCCACGGGUGGCAAGACUCGUCUCUUUGGUGGUCAAGGCACCGUUGGUGGUAACGUUGAACUGACGGGUGGAGUCGGCGCAACCACAAACGGAGGCUCAGUUUCCAUAACAAGUGGUGCAGGUGAAGCGACGUCCACAAGCGGUGCCAUUACCUUGACAACAUCGGGCACCGGUGCUUCAAGUGGAGCUAUUUCACUUGCCACUGGAGCCGGUACGAAUGGAGUCAGCGGCGACAUCAGCAUUGCGCCAGGAAGUAGCUCAGCAAAUACCGGCGGUUCGAUCACGUUGACUUCUGGAGCUGGCACUGCAGCUACCGGCGGACGAACUUCUGUCAUUGGCGGGGCUGGCACUGUGGGGGGCAAUGUGCUUCUGACUGGAGGCGCUGGAACUGUCAAUGCAGGUGGUCAGGUUAUCAUUGCGUCUGGCGUGGGGGCUGCCACUGCAGCUAGUGGUGCCGUCGCGUUGUCGUCAAGCGGUGGCGCCAGUACUAGUGGCUCCUUGACUUUGGCGACGGGGACAGCAACCGCUGGCACUGGUGGAAGCGUUUCCCUGUCCGCUGGUGGGGGAACGACGGGUUUGGGUGGAGCCGUGUCUGUCGUGGGCGGUGCCAGUUCCACAUCGACAGGAGGUCUCACUUCCGUCACUGGUGGCCAAGGUACCUUGGGUGGUAACGUUGCCGUCACAGGUGGCGUUGGUGCCAGCAGCACAGGCGGCGCCGUUGUGGUCACCGGUGGAGCUGGCACUGGCAGCACUGGCGGCAGCAUUCAGCUCGUCAGUGGAGCCGGUGCUACAACGUUUGCCAGUGGCUCGAUUUCACUGUCUACCAACGGCGGUGGAGUGCAUCCAACUGGAGUCGUCACCAUCAGCACUGGUGCGUCAUCGUCGGCAGCCGCCGGUACAAUAGGUUUGUCCGUUGGGUCUGGCUCCGGGGUUGGAUCUGCCCUGACCGUCACUGCCGGUGCAAGUACCACGGCUCGAGGAGGGCGAGUUACCAUUACGUCUGGUGCGGGGUCUCAAGGCGGAGCCGUUGAAUUGGUUGGUGCGACUUCGUCGACAACGACUGGUGGCGCAAUUAGUUUGGCAUCUGGUGGAUCGCCGACAGGGACCGUUAGUGGAGCCAUCACGCUUUCAACGGCUGGGAACGACUACACAAGCGGUGCCAUUCAACUGACAACUGGGACGUCAACGAACGGUAAUGGCGGGCCAAUCAGUGCUGCGGUGGGCGCGAGUUCAACCGGCAUCGGCGGCCAAAUAAGCCUCCUCGGUGGCAUGAGCACUGCGUCCACUGGUGGCCGCGUGUCCAUCUCGGGAAAUACGGGUACUGCAGGCGGCAACGUCGAACUCAACGGCGGAAGUGCCAGUAGUGGUACAUCAACUGGCGGCUCCAUCUUGCUCACUUCUGGGCUCGGAGGAUCGAAGAGUGGAAACGUUCUCCUGUCUACGAAUGGGGGUGCGUACACGAGUGGUACCAUCACACUCUCCACGGGCACCGCGACAUCGGUUGGUAGCAGCGGAAACAUCGUGGCGACCGCCGGCGGAAGUGCAGUGGGGAACGGUGGAGCGAUUACUCUCACUAGUGGCCUUGGUACGGCUGGAACAGGUGGAAGAUCAAGCGUCGUCGGUGGUGCUGGUGGCGUCGGUGGCGCUGUGGAGUUAACUGGUGGCGCUGGAAGCGCAACUCUUGGCGGAAGUGUAGCAUUGGCAUCCGGUGCAGGCACUACUGCUUCAGGUGCCAUCACGUUGUCGUCCACUGGGGGAUCGUUUGUGAGUGGUGGAGUGUCCUUAACAACUGGAGAUUCUUCGUCGGCUGGAGCAGGAGCAAUUGCCAUUUCGUCGGGGCGAAGCACCACAGGCAACGGACCGGACGUGACGUUAACUGCCGGUAUUAGUUCGGCUGCGACUGGCGGAAAGAGCUCUGUGAACGGCGGUUCAGGAACUGUUGGCGGUGACGUUCAUGUAUCGGGCGGCAGCGGCUCCAACACCGGUGGCAGUGUUGUGCUUGCUGCUGGCGUGAGCAGCACGAGCACAGGGGGAGGCAUCCGUAUCACCACUGGGCAAGGUGCAACCUCGUACGGGAGUGGCGCGAUAGCUCUGUCGACUGUGUCCGGCCCAAGUACCAGCGGCAGUAUCACCCUUACGACAGGAACUCCAGUGACCGGAUCUGGUGGCAACAUUGCAGCCACUGCAGGAGAUACGUCCACUGGUGUUGGCGGCAACGUUGCAUUGCUGGCAGGAAAGAGCGCUGACGCUGCUGGUGGCAUGGUCAGCAUUACUGGUGGAGAUGGUGCGUUCGGCGGCAACGUUGAGUUGACUGGCGGCACUGCUACUGGAACGGUUGGCGGCCAGAUCCUUCUGACCAGUGGUGUUGGAGCAACUUCCUCCACCAGUGGACAAGUUCAAGUCUCGACAACUGGUGGGGCAAUCGGAAGCGGGGGCAUUUCAUUGCUCACGGGGACCAGCACUGCUGGAACUGGUGGAAACAUUGCAGCUACGGUUGGUGAUAGCUCCACCGGCGUUGGCGGAAGCGCCAUCGUUACGGCUGGCAUGAGUGCGAGCGCUGUUGGCGGCAAAGUCGCCCUUCAGAGUGGAGCUGGCACCAUUGGUGGAAACGUCGAAUUGUCUGCUGGCACUGGGAGUGACGCUGCUGGUAGCGGUGGCAAGGUCCUCAUCUCAAGUGGGACCGGAAGCGCAAGCACUGGUGGGGCGAUUUCGCUCGUAACUGGAGCUGGAGCUGCGACGAAAGCAAGCGGCGAUCUCACUCUGAGUACUUUGGCCGGCGGAACCACCAGUGGAAAGAUCAACUUGGUGACCGGUGAUGCGUCCUCUGGUGCAGGCGGGAUCGUUCAAUUGAUGGCUGGAAGCAGCACAGGUGUUGCGGGAAGUGCUGUGACAGUACAAGCCGGCGCCAGCACUGAUAACACUGGUGGCCAAGUCUCUGUUAAUGCAGGUUCCGGCUUGGCUGGAGGCGCCAUUCAGCUAACUGCUGGAGCAGGAUCCACUGGUGUUGGUGGCCAGCUUUCGCUUGUCAGCGGAGCUGCUGCCGGUGCCUCAGUCAGCGGUGAUGUCCGGCUCUCAACGGCAGGUGGUGGAUUCACCAGUGGCGCAAUCUCUCUCGCUACUGGAGCUUCUACCGCUGGCAAUGGUGGCAACAUUGCUGCGACCGUUGGUGCCAGCACAACGGGUGGUGGUGGAAUGAUGACGCUGACGUCUGGAUUCUCGAGCGCAUCUACGGGAGGAAAGUUAUCCCUGUUUGGAGGUGCUGGCACCGUCGGUGGAAAUGCCGAAGUGACGGGGGGCGCUGCCAGUGGCGCGACUGGCGUGGGUGGUGGCAAUGUCGUUUUGUCAGGAGGUGCUGGUGCAACCACUACUGGCGGAAGCGUUACCUUGGUUAGCGGCGCUGGUGGUACCGCAGCUGCAAGUGGGCGAGUCACGCUCUCGACAUUGGCUGGUACAAGUACAAGUGGCGCAAUUAUGUUGACUACUGGUGCUGCGUCUGCCGGAGCGGGAGGUGCGAUCACAGUAACAGCUGGCUCGACGUCGACGGGUGCUGGAGCUGCGAUCACGUUGACUGCUGGCAUCAGCAGUGACAACGCUGGAGGGAAGGCGCGAGUGUUUGGAGGCCGAGGGGUCACUGCAGGCGGUGACGUCGAAGUAACAAGCGGCGUUGCUACCACGGGAAAUGGUGGAAACAUUGUCCUCUUGACUGGAUCGCCUGGAAGUUCAUCUACCAGUGGAACAAUUGGCUUGUCGACAGCGACCGGUGCGUUUAACACUGGUGGCGUCAACAUUGUGUCUGGUGCAGCUACGUCUGGCUCAAGUGGUGGCAUCGUUGCGACUGCAGGAACUUCGUCGACUGGCGUCGGCAGUGCCAUUUCGUUGACGGCGGGUGCAAGCGGAGACGCGGCUGGCGGCAAGACCUCUGUAGUUGGAGGUGCUGGUACAGUUGGCGGGAACGUCGAGCUCACUGCUGGUGUGGGCAACACUCUCAACGGUGGAAGUGUUACGUUGGCUGGAGGGCAAUCCUCGACUACAAUUGGAGGCGGUAUCAACGUAUUGAGUGGAGCAGGUGCAACGGGUCAAGCUAGUGGUGCGGUGGCCAUUGGAUCAGUGGGUGGUGGACCUUCCAGUGGUCAAGUAACCAUUUCGACUGGAACAUCCACGGCUGCGUCAGGCGGAAGCAUCGCCAUGUCCGUCGGUGGAAGCAACACUGGUGUGGGUGGCACGAUUGCUUUAACUUCUGGUGCCAGCACUGCGUCGAGUGGUGGUGAAACCAGUAUUACGGGAGGCGGCGGCACUAGAGGCGGUGCCGUCAAUAUCAACGGUGGCGAUGGUACCACCGGAAAUGGUGGUGCCGUUUCAAUCACAGGUGGAUCCGGCCCUGCUGGUGUUGGUGGCUCCAUUCAGGUGACAAGCGGUGUUGGUUCAGCUGCCACAGCGAGCGGAACGAUGGCACUGUCAACGGCUGAUAAUGCUGGCUCUACUGGAGCAGUUUCGGUGGCAACUGGGGCUGCGUCAGAUGGAAGUAGUGGCGGAGUUACGGUCGCUGUUGGAAGCAGCUCCGGUACCAAUCCUGGAGGUGCUAUUUCGAUCACGUCGGGGCUCAGCGCUUCGGCUGCUGGAGGCACCACAGCCAUUACUGGUGGUGCUGGAACGGCUGGUGGCGAAAUCCGAUUGACAGGCGGGGUGGGUGCAACCACCACAGGUGGCAGCAUCCGCUUGACAGGCGGUGUGUCUUCGGCAUCAACUGGAGGCGGCAUUGUGAUAUCGUCAGGAUCCGGAACUGGAUCAGCUGCAAGUGGAAGCAUUCAAUUAUCUUCUGCUGGUGGGGCUUUUCCUUCUGGUGGAAUUGGCUUGUCAACUGGCGCCUCCACAUCGGGGGCUGGUGGGUCCAUCACUGCUGUGGCUGGCUCUAGUAGCGCUGGUCUUGGAGGGCCCAUUUCGUUGACUGCUGGCGUCGGAAGUGCGUCCACUGGCGGAAAAACUUCACUUAUUGGUGGACAAGGCACAGUGGGCGGAAACGUCGAAGUCGUAAGUGGUGCUGGCUCAUCGUCGACUGGUGGGCAGAUCAUUUUGACUACUGGUGGUGGAUCGUCUGCUCAGGGCAGUGGAGCGAUUUCUCUGUCGACAACCGGAGGCGCUUUUUCGUCGGGUACUAUUUUCCUCACGACGGGUGCCUCGACAGGUGGCGGUGGUGGAGCAAUCAGUGCUGCAGUUGGCGCGAGCGCAUCUGGAGUCGGUGGCCAAGUGAGCUUCAUUGCUGGCUCCAGUUCAGCCUCCACGGGCGGGAAAGUCUCGAUGUCGGGUAACUCGGGAACGAUUGGGGGCAACGUCGAGUUGAGUGGGGGUUCCGCAACCACAAGUCCAGCCACGGGCGGCAGCAUCCUGUUGACGUCCGGUCUCGGAGGAAGUCGAAGCGGGAAUAUUGCCCUGUCGUCAAGCGGCGGUGCAUUUACCAGUGGCUCGAUUACCCUCAACACAGGUACGGCAUCGUCUGUUGGCGGCAGUGGCAGUAUCACGGCCUUGGCUGGGAGCAGUGCUGUUGGCACUGGCGGGUCGAUUUCCCUCACGGCCGGCAUCGGGGUGGCAUCUACGGGUGGUCGAGCAAGUGUUAUUGGUGGCCAGGGAACUGUUGGCGGCAACCUUGAGUUCACAAGUGGUGCUGGAACAACAACAACUGGUGGCAACAUUUUAUUGACCAGUGGCGGCGGAGCAGCUUCGUCUGGUAGUGGAGGUGUCACAGUAUCCACAACUGGUGGCGCUUUCAGCAGUGGCCCCUUGUCCCUCAUUACAGGAGCAUCCACGUCAGGAGGUGGUGGGGCGAUUACAGCUUCCGUCGGAGCCAGUGCAACUGGUGUCGGUGGGUUCAUCACUCUUGUGGCUGGAAGCAGCACUGCAUCCACUGGUGGCAAGACAACCGUCACUGGUGGUGCUGGGACGGUCGGUGGCGGUGUGGAAGCUACUGGUGGCAGUGGCACAAGCACUGGAGGGUCUGUACUCUUGACGAGUGGAGCGAGCUCUGGCAGUACCGGUGGAUCGUUGACGUUGACAACAGGUGCGGGGGCCGCCACGUUUGCUAGUGGUGGUAUUGCGCUCUCAACUGCGACUGGAGCAAGUUCGUCUGGAGCUAUUUCGCUUACUACUGGCACUCCCACCGCUGGCGUUGGUGGGGCGGUGGCUAUAUCCGUUGGCGGUAGUGUGACUGGAAUUGGGUCGGCCAUUACGUUGACAGCUGGAGCUGGCACUGCGUCAACCGGUGGGAAGAGUUCCAUUGUUGGUGGAGCUGGUACUGUCGGUGGCAAUGUCGAGCUUACAAGCGGGGCUGGCACAACCGGUGAUGGGGGCGUAAUUGCCUUGGUCAGUGGUGCUGGCGCAGCGACAGCUACCGGCGGUGGAAUCACCAUGUCAACGACCGGAAGUGCUUCCAGUGGUGCGAUUGCAUUGGCGACGGGCGCUGGUGCAAAUGGCGUUGGUGGCAGUAUCAGUGCUUCAGUUGGGGCAACCACUGCAGGGGUCGGAGGCUCCAUUUCGCUGAGUGCUGGAACUACCUCAGCGUCAACGGGCGGCAAAGCGUCGUUGCUCAGUGGAGCAGGAACAACCGGUGGCAAUGUUGAGCUCACGAGUGGUGCGGGAAGUGCAAACACUGGUGGGCACAUCGUCUUGGUCACUGGUACUGGUGCCGCUGCCGCAGCAAGUGGAUCGCUCAUGCUGUCGACUGCUGGAGGUGCCAGUACGAGUGGAACAGUGACAUUGGCGUCUGGAGCGGCGACUGCGGGCUCCGGUGGCAGUGUAACCGUGUCGUCUGGUGCGGGUACAGUUGGUCUGGGCGGUACGGUCGGUAUUAGCAGUGGUUCCUCGACUGCAGCCACGGGUGGGGCCAUUAACCUUCAAAGCGGACAAGGCUCUUUUGGUGGCAAUCUCGGCCUUUCUGCGGGAGCAGGGUCGGCUAAUGCUGGUGGUCGAGUGAUGAUUGCAUCGGGUGCAAGUACUGGAGGUGCCAGUGGAUGGAUCAGUUUGUCGACGGCUAACGGAGCUGGAAACAGCGGUGCUGUUUCGUUGUUGACGGGCGCGUCGUCUGCUGGAACGGGUGGAGACUUUACCGCCACAGUCGGUUCCGGAUCCGUCGACACUGGCGGCAAGAUCACGUUGACAGCUGGCUCGAGUAGCGUUGCCACUGGUGGGAAAGUAAGCGUUGUCAGUGGCGCAGGAACAGUUGGUGGCGAUGUCGAAUUCAACGGCGGCGCCGCAAGUGCAGGAGCUGGGGGCAGCAUUCUUCUCAACACUGGAACUGGGACCCUUUCAAGUGGCGGUAUUACGUUGUCGACUAUCGGUGGUGGGGCCCAGAGCGGGUCGAUCAGUGUCAACACGGGUACAGCGACUUCAACAGCUGGUGCGAUUGCAUUGUCCGUGGGAGGUGGGGCCGCAACUGCUGCUGGUUCCAUUACUCUCACUGCUGGGGCGACAUCGUCUGCCUCUGGAACAGGUGGCCGGAUGUUCAUGUUUGGCGGUAGCGGAAACGUUGGUGGUGGCAUUACCUUGUCCAGUGGGGCCGGAAACAACUUGGCUGGGGGAGGUUUGACUCUCACUGGCGGGCAAAGCACUGCAGGCACAGGUGGUGCGAUUCAAUUGACCUCUGGCACUGGAGGUAGCAGUGUCGGCAGUGGGGCAAUCACUCUGUCCACUGGUGGUACUUCAGGUUCUUCUGGCGCGAUUACAAUGUCCACUGGGAAUGCCGGAGGUACAGGUUCAGGUGGGGCCAUUACACUUUCCAUCGGAUCGAGUACAUCAGGCGUUGGUCGAGCUCUCUCUGCGACAGCUGGGACCAGUACGACCAAUACUGGUGGUAAAGCAACUUUGACCGGCGGUGGAGGUCUCACGGGUGGCAACAUUGAGCUUGCAAGUGGUUUGGGCACAUCCACCGGUGGCAACGUCCUCUUGACGAGUGGCGGUGGCUCUUCGUCUGGUACAAGUGGCAAUGUCAAUAUCCUCACAGCCAGUGGCUCUACAACGGGUGGUUCGAUUGCGCUGACGACUGGGACUGCGACUGGAGCAAGUGGAGCCAUCACGAUGUCUGUAGGAAACGGCGGAGCUUCCGCGGGUGGCGCAUUGACUCUCCAGUCCGGCCAAAGUACGUCAGCGAGUGGUGGUGGCGUUGCGAUCACAGCAGGCAACGGCGCUGCGGGUGGUGGUAUCCAACUCACAGCCGGCACUGGCAGUACAGGUUUGGGUGGCUUCAUUGCGCUCGCUGCUGGCCAAGGAACUGCUGGAAACGGUGGUUACGUUGAAAUUGCCAGUGGAUUUGGUGGUGGAACGAGUGGUUCCAUCACUGUGUCGGCAUCAGGAGCGACUGGAAAUAGUGGCACCGUCACUAUUUCGACUGGGACGUCCAGCACUGCAUCCGCCGGUGCGAUCUCGAUUGCCACCGGCGGGACGACGACUGGCGUGGGGUCCGCGAUCACGUUGACGUCUGGCACUAGUGCCAAUGCAGCUGGUGGUACAACAUCACUUGUUGGUGGAGCUGGUACCGUCGGUGGCGAUGUCCAACUGCGAGGGGGUGCUGGAAGUAGCGCCACAGAUACCGGCGGCGGCAAUGUCAACCUCAGCGGUGGCACCGGCACGUCGAGUACUGGUGGUAACAUCAACUUGGUCACUGGCGCCGGAGCGACAGCAAAGGCGAGUGGUCACAUUACCUUGUCUUCCUUGGCUGGCGCUAUCACGAGUGGAAGUAUUUCACUCCAAACGGGUGCAGCUAGCGCUGGAUCAGGUGGCGUGAUCUCGGUGACAGCUGGCUCAAGCUCAACCGGAGUUGGAAGCGCAGUCACUGUGACUGCUGGUGAAGGUGCCAGCAACACUGGCGGCAAGUCGAGAAUCGUCGGUGGCCGUGGCACUGUCGGAGGCGAUGUGGAAUUGGCUGGUGGUGUAGGUACCACAGGAAUUGGAGGCAGCAUUGUGCUUCUGAGUGGAUCUGGAGUUGGCACAACCGGUGGGGUGACCCUUUCCACUGUCGGCGGUGCGAUUAACAGCGGGGCGAUUGCGCUGUCCACUGGCACGUCCACGUCUGGUGCUGGCGGAAGCAUAUCAUUGUCGGCUGGUGGAACUUCCACCGGUGCGGGAACAGCCAUUACGAUUACGCCGGGUGUAAGUGCCGACAGCACUGGCGGAAAAACCUCCGUCUUCGGCGGUGCAGGUGUCGUGGGUGGAAAUGUCGAGCUUACUGGUGGCACUGGGACAACGGCAGCUUCUGUUGGAGGCGGGAAUGUUGUCCUGUCUGGUGGUACGUCGACACAAGCAACGGGCGGUGGGGUCACCCUUGUCAGUGGUGCUGGAGCUGCAACGAUGGCCAGCGGGCAAGUUACAAUAUCGACGUUGGCCGGUACCUCUACUACCGGCAGCAUCGCCCUAGUCUCUGGAGCGGCCACUGCAGGCUCUGGAGGUGCUAUCAGCGCGACCGUUGGCGCCAGCUCGACUGGAGUUGGCAGCUCCGUCACGAUGACCGCUGGCAACAGCGGCGACAACACUGGUGGUAGAGGGAGACUCAUCGGUGGUCAAGGCACAGCUGGUGGCAACGUUGAAUUGACUGGUGGUGUGGGAACAUCAGGCCUUGGUGGCAACAUCUUGUUGACGAGUGGCCUUGGAACGACUACAAGUGGUGCCUUGACGCUCUCGACCGUUGGUGGCGCCAUCAACAGCGGCGUUAUUUCGUUGCUUUCGGGAGCGUCUACAUCUGGUAAUGGUGGCAACAUUGUAGCAACUGUUGGAGGCAGUACAACAGGAGCUGGUGGUGGCAUCACUCUCACGUCGGGGUCCACUUCGGCUACCGGUGCUACUGGUGGAAAAACAUCCCUUUUUGGUGGUGCUGGCCCCGUCGGUGGAAAUGUGGAGCUCACAGGGGGCACUGGUAGCCUGUCCACUGGCCUUGGUGGUGGCAACGUCGUCUUAACUGGUGGAAGUGCCACUAGUAGCACGGGCGGCAGCAUCAGCCUUGUCACGGGCUCUGGCGCGGCAACGGCUGCCAGUGGUCGAAUUUCGUUGUCAACAUUGGGUGGGAGUGCCACGAGCGGGAGCAUUUCACUUGUAACCGGCGCCGCGACCAGCGGAUCGGGUGGUGUGAUUGCGAUCACAGCAGGUUCAAGUUCGUCGGGAGUCGGAAGCUCGGUGACGACCACGGCAGGCGCCACCACUGGUAACACCGGUGGCAAAGCAAGUACAAUCGGUGGUCAAGGCUCAAUUGGUGGGAACGUCGAACUCACGGGUGGCGUCGGUACUGCCGGUGCUGGUGGUACGAUCCUCUUGACUAGUGGCUUGGGAUCCACGGCGAGCGGUGCUGUUACGCUUUCCACUGCCGAUGGAGCCAUGAACAGCGGCGCGAUAUCGCUCCUUUCGGGCACGUCUACGGCUGGUACUGGUGGUAAUAUUGUCGCCACUGUCGGUGGCAGCUCCACUGGAGUCGGUGGCUCUGUGAGUAUAACCGCUGGAGCUACAUCGUCGACCACUGCGGCCGGCGGGAAAGCGACGUUGCUUGGUGGUGCUGGUGCAAUUGGUGGUAAUGUCGAGCUGACUGCUGGCGCCGGGACUAUUUCAUCGGCGACGGGUGGCGGCAAUGUCAUUCUGACUGCUGGCGCUGGCUCUGCCAGCACUGGCGGCAGCAUCAACUUGAUCAGUGGUGCUGGAGCAUCCACAGCUGCAAGUGGUCAAAUCACAUUGUCAACUUUGGCUGGCACGAGUACCAGUGGCAGCAUUGUUCUGUCAACGGGCUCUGCCACAGCGGGGUCUGGUGGGGUCAUUACAAUCACAGCUGGUGCCAGCUCCUCCGGCGUCGGUAGUGGUGUGACUAUCACUGCUGGGAGUACCACUGGUAAUACUGGUGGCAAGAGCAGUGUUGUUGGCGGGACCGGCUCUGUUGGUGGCAACGUCGAAUUGUCCGGUGGUGCUGGUUCAGCUGGCGUGGGUGGUGACGUCGUGUUGUUCAGUGGGACUGGCUCAACGACAAGCGGAGGUGUAUCGUUGUCUACCGCUGGCGGAGCUAUCAACAGCGGAGCGAUUUCGUUGUCAACGGGAGCAUCCACGUCGGGAACUGGUGGGCCAAUAUCCCUUUCUGUCGGGGCUACGUCCACAGGAGUUGGAAGCGCCAUCUCCUUGACCCCAGGUGCGAGCGGCGACGACACUGGCGGCAAGACAACCAUUGUUGGUGGCUCUGGUGUUGUUGGUGGAAGCGUCGAAUUGACUGGUGGUACUGGCACUUCAUCAAGCAGCGUGGGCGGUGGCGACGUCAUUUUGUCUGGUGGCACUGCAACCCUAGGAACUGGUGGUACCGUCCACCUCAUUAGUGGUGCCGGUGCUGCAUCCAAGGCAAGCGGACGGAUUGUGCUCUCCACUUUGGCUGGUGCAGCCACAAGUGGUAGCAUUUCGCUCACUACGGGUGAUGCCAGUGCUGGAUCUGGAGGCACCAUCAGCAUCACCGCGGGGUCAUCGUCGACUGGUGUUGGCAGCGCCAUCACUGUGACUGCGGGCAGCAGUGGAGACAAUACUGGUGGUAAAAGCAGAAUCGUCGGUGGCCAAGGCACCGUGGGUGGCAACGUCGAACUGACCGGUGGCGUUGGGUCCGCUGGUGCUGGUGGCAGUGUGAUCGUCAGAACUGGAUCUGGUUCCACUGCCAGUGGAGCGUUGACGUUGUCCACCCUUGGCGGUGCCAUCAAUAGCGGUGUCCUUUCGCUGCUGACAGGCACGUCAAGCGCGGGAAGCGGCGGAAAUAUCGUUGCCACAGUCGGAGACAGCUCAACCGGUGUCGGUGGGUCCAUAACGAUGACCGCAGGCAUGACGGCUUCGACCACACUCGCGGGUGGGAAAACGUCGCUCAUCGGUGGCGCAGGUGCCAUCGGUGGCAACGUUGAGUUAACGGGUGGGUCUGGAACUGGCUCAGCCGCUGGAGCUGGUGGAGGCAACGUUGUGCUGACUGGUGGUGCGGGAUCCGCCAACACUGGCGGUAGCAUCAACCUCAUCAGUGGUUCAGGCUCAGCCACCAAAGCGAGCGGUCGCAUCACGCUCUCAACGGUGUCCGGUGCUGCUACCACGGGUAGUAUUGCUCUGACAACGGGCACUGCGACCGCUGGUGCGGGUGGUGGAAUCACCUUGUCCGCUGGUGGAAGUUCGACGGGAGUUGGCAGCUCGAUCGACAUUGCUGCUGGGUCCAGUGGCGACAACACGGGUGGCAAGAAUACCCUUACUGGCGGACAAGGUCUUGCCGGUGGGAGCGUUGAGCUCACGGGUGGUAUGGGCACCACAGGCGUCGGCGGCAACAUCAUCUUGGUUGGCGGCGCCGGAGCGUCGGGCUCGACGAGCGGAGGAAUUACCCUCUCGACGGUCGGAACUGGCAUGUCCAGUGGUGCUAUUGCACUCACGACGGCAGAUUCGACCACGGCAUCGAGUGGCGCGAUUUCGUUGUCAGUCGGGUCCAGUUCCGCUGGCAUCGGGAGCGCUGUGUCUGUCACUGCUGGUGCGAGCAGCCUCUCGACUGGCGGAAAAGCGUCCAUCACCGGUGGCGCAGGCACUGUCGGUGGGAACGUCGAACUGCGAGCGGGAGCGGGUUCGUCCACGCUGGGUGGCAAUUUGUUGUUGGUGUCGGGGGCUGGCACCACCGUCGGGGGUUCUGUUAAUGUCCGCCUUGGCGCUGGGUCGUCGAGCGGGUCGUUUUCUGUUGCUGAUGCGUCUGCAUCGUCGUUGCUCACGGUCAACCCAUCGUUGCUCGCCGGCGCGUGCGCAGCCAUCACGCUGAGUGCCACUGCAUCAAGUUUGUCGCUGGCGUCGACGGGCGUGGUGCUCACCGGGACAAGCACCAAAGUCACCGGAGGCAAUCUUCUCGUGGACUCGAAUGGGUUCGAGAUUAGCAACUCGGGCACUUCCAUGUUCACUGUGUCGAACGCCGGCAACGUCAUGGCGGCUGGCACGGUCGAGCUCACCAAGGACGCGGCCUCGAUCACUCACUCUGGCGCGACGUCGCUCUCGGUCACGACCCCGUCGUUCUCGCUUACAGUCACAAACGACAUCACGCUCGGGUCGGCCGCGCAAACGGCGCCUAUUACGUUGAACGGUCCGAUCACCGCUGCGACUUCGAUCGACAUUGGAACGGCGGCCACGAUUGGCACCACACUCACUGUUACGUCGACCACCAACCUCCACGGACUCGUCAAGGUGCCGGGGGCAUUCACGUCGUCGUCGAUCACGUCGACGACUAGCUGCACGCAAGGCGACUUCCGCUUCGACACGACCAAUCUGUACAUCUGCGUCGGCACAACGUUCAAAAAGGUCACGUACACGGCGUGGUAA